AUUCUACAUUUACUUGUUCAUAUAAUGCACCAUGGAAAAUAUUUACGGAUACAAAACUUAUAAAUCAAACAGCACUAAAUGUGAUCAGUGGACAGACAGCUCUAGGUUGUGCAACAUUUUGUUUUCUCGAUGAUAGAUGCACAUCAUUCAAUCUGGAAACAAGUACUGACCAAUGUGAGCUACUUAAGGGUGAACGAUUCCAUUCUUUGGGGAAUGACAAGCUAGCGAUGACUGAUUGGCAAUUGUAUGUUAUAAAUUGCCAGUUUUUUGUUACAUCAGACAUAUCCGCCACACCUGGAUGCAGUAACAUAUGUGAGAAAAAGGGAGUGUGGAAGAAUUUUGCAUCUGCAUAUACCAGGGGUAGUGCUGGAUCAGACUGGGAGACAACUGAUAUGUGGGAAAAGUUAAUCAUUGAAAAAAAUGACUAAAUUCUUGCAGCCGCGUACUGCGAUGACCAACUGGCACCUCUUGCAGUGAGAGCCCGCAAUGUUCUAACACAUGAAACACCAGGCACAGAAACAACAAGAAAUGGAACAAUCUUUAAGCACUACUCUGCUUCUAAGGGAUUUGUUUGUAAAAUUCAAGAAAAUCCUAAUUUUGAGUGUGGGGAUUAUGAGGUUCAAUGGCUUUGUCCUAAACUGUGAAAUAUUGUCAGAAAGUGGUAGUGUUUUUCCUGCAGUGAAUUGAAAUAUUAGCACAUUUUUUAACUGAUGAUAAUAUGGAACAAAUAAAGGACCGGAUAAAUACAAAGUCCAAAAUGUUUUAAUAAAACAAUCAAACAUUAACAUGAAACUGAUGGUAGAUGUAUGGCAAUAGACUUAUUAUAAUAAAAUAUUAUGACAUCCUAAUGUAUAGUGCAUAAUGAUGUUUCGAAACUGCAAUGUUGGCAGUGACAAAGUAACACCCAAAGUAAUGAUGACACGGUCCUAUCCUAUCCACGUCAACAACAAAGGGCCAAGAUGAAGGUUACAUAGAGAAGACCAUAUCCAUAAAACAAAGGCCAAACUUUGUAAAUAUAAAAAAUUGAAUACCUUUGGUGUUGUUUGCUU